CUUCAAGACAGCGAGCUUGCCUGGAUUUAAGUGUUCUAGCAGGGAGCCAAGAUGGGAAUAAAGGAAAUGCUGAACUGGGCGAGGGUGCCCUCCAUCCUCCUGCUCGGGCUGGUUUAUGUGGCCUAUGUGCUGAUCGGCGGUGUUGUUUUCUGGAAAAUGGAGGGAGAUCUUGGCAAGAAAGACAUCAGUCAGCUACUCUUGAACAAAAAGACGCUGCUUCUGAGGUACACCUGUCUGAACCAAGAAGGUCUGGAGGAAGUAGCUGAGGUUGUUCAAGCAGCGUCCAAGGUGGGACUUAGUUUGAAAGGCAACUAUACCUCGGAUGGCUUCUGGAAGUUCACCAGCUCAGCUGUGUUUGCUGCCACUGUGGUCACAACUAUAGGUUAUGGGAACAUGAGUCCAAGCUCAACUGCUGGCCAGAUAUUCUGUGUGUUCUUCGCACUAUUUGGUAUCCCACUCAACUUGGUGGUGCUCAACAGGGUGGGCAAGUACAUCCUUGCUAUAGAGAGGAACGUCUCUGACUUCCUUGAGGGGAAGACCAAGCGAAGGACGUGUACCCGCUUUUUUGUCCACCUGGUGUCUUACCUGUGUGGAGCAGUGCUCUUCUUUGUUGUGCCCAUGGUUGUGUUCCAACUGCAGGAGGGCUGGACCUUCUCCCAGGCCAUUUACUACUGCUUCAUCACCCUCAGCACCAUCGGCUUUGGAGACUUCGUGGCAGACAGUAAUCCAGACAAAGUUUACCCAGAUUGGUACAGCGUCCUCAUGGCCUCCUGGAUCUUCUUCGGUCUGGCCUGGCUCGCCCUCCUCAUCAACCACUCCAUCGACAUCCUUGAGCGGCUCAACACGCACUUCAAAAUGCGGUGGGGUGGUCAGAAGCCAGAGGAGGAGCCUGGCAGUGCAGAGGGAGAAAACCCAGACACACAGGUGGAGGAGGAAGAGGAGAACAAGAAGCCUCCAAUAAUUCAGUAAAAAAAAAGGUGACGAUUUCAGAAAGCUUAACUUAGUUAUAGUCUGUAAAUCAGGACACGGAAAACAGACGUAAACUAUUGGAUAAUGUUGAGCCAUGGCAGGGUGUGUGUGUAUGUGUUUGUACAUGUGCAUGUGUGUGUGUUAUAAGACUGUAAAUGUUGGGAGUGUGAUACUGCUGCUAAAUUAUUGACUCAUUUUUGUUGAGUGAGGGUUUUUUUCCCCACAUUGUAAAUAUGUGACUCAUUAUUGAGUGCUUGUUAAUGUACUUGAUUUGAAAAAAACUCUGGGAUAAGUGUAAGGAUACUAGGUCAACACUUACUUUGCUCCAUGUAUAUGUCUAUGGGUUAGUGGUCAGGAUAAACUGCAGUCAGUGUUAUCUGUUGCUCUUGUGUGUUGCUAAUGACCACAAACCAAGUCAUUUGCAAACUUCGAGUAGCAAUUUGCAUUUGACUGUGUGAGGGAUAGAAUAGCCCAUGCACCACCUAUUGACUGUUGAUGCCCAAAAUAAAGACUUCUGUCAACUAAUAAUAUCUUAAUGUACCAAAUCCAAUUAUACUAGUAUAUUGAAACCAGAUUAGUGUUUUAAAUGUGUACUUUAGGGAAGCCCAUAAAUGCUGAGAUUAUCUUUGCAUCCACUAGGUGUCGUUGCAAUACUAGUGGAGAAGUCAAGCCAGAGGAAAAGCAGCAAACACUCACUGUAUGUCAAUGUAUACUGUAAUAAUAUAGACUUACCAUAUAAAUCACAUCCUCACAGUCAAUGUAUUCAUACUCUUCAUAUGUUUCUGUCUCAGUGUAUCAGCUCUUAACAAAAUAUAUCAUGCAACUUCUGUUGAAUUUAAUGUAUUUUCCUUAUUGCAUAAUUAAAUAAAAGUGUACAGUCGUGAUUUAAAUA